AUGGCUUCGAUUUCUUUCCCCCCGCAAUCCCAGUCGGGCUUCUCGCAGCAUUUCGACUCUUCGCCUCCCGAUACAUCGUCGAGUCGUCGAACCAGUAUGCCUCAUUUGCCAAAUCCACCAUUCGUAUUCCCGGCGCGCGACCCGGACGCUCCAGCGCCCAACCCCGAGCAUGCGGAGCAGCGAACACCACCGGCUCUCCCAGCAUUUUCAUUUAAUCCCGGAUCCGGAUCAGAACCACCUUUGCCCCCAUCACAUGUACCAUAUCGACCAAAUGGCCAUCGACGACGGCCGAGUGAGUUUGUUGGGGACAAUCAGUUGGUUACACCAGGCUCAGGGGAUGCGGAGAAGCGGGAAGAGUCUUCUCCUCCGACCCAAUCGAGUGUUCCAGCACCUGGUCCUCCAAGAGGUCCCGGGCGACGGCAUCAUGCUCAUCGCCGCUCUGCAGCAGUUUCCGGAGUCGAUAUGAACGCCAUCCAGAAAGCGCUCGCAACAAGCCAAGGUCCAAUAAGCGCGCCCAAUACCCCCGGAGACCAGUUAUUCGACAAAGGAAAUGAAGAUACUUCCAGGCCACUUUCCUAUUCGGCUGGAAGCACUGGACGCCCAACACCUCCCGCCUCUCCUCAAUCCCCCCCUGCCUCCUAUAUACCACCAGUCCCGCCGAUCCCGCCAGCUCUUCAAGCCGAAGUAGCCAUCCCAAUUAUUCCGAACAAUGAUGACGUUGAAAUUAGCCGUCCUGUUUCUGCGGUCUUUAGCGAGACGCCAGAAAGUCCCCCGGUUGUCCAAUCUGAGCCACUGCAAGUUCCAACUCCCCCAGCUGAGAAGCGACCGCAGCCAAAUCGCAAGUCAAAGCCACGCCCGAAAACCGCCGAUGCAUCGUUGGCAUUCGAUUUUAUGCAAUCUCAACAAGUACCGGAUGUGCCCAAUGUCAAACGUUCGAAGUCAACGGGGCAUUCCCGUUCCCGCAAGAGUAGAUCGGCUGCGAAUUUGCUUGCGAACCAAGGUGGCGAUGAUGCUCAUUCAACCGACACUUCUCGACCAUCUUACUCUGAUGAUGGAUCCGAAAUGUCCAGUGAUAAUGAAGAUGACCACGAGGAUGAUGACUCUUCACCCAAGAAAUCCCGGUCAAAAUCGAAGAAGAAGCAAAAGCGUGUUCGUUCCUGGGCUGGUGCCAUACUGACCCGUGGGAAAGGCAAGCGCCAUGCGAAGAAUGAAGGCGAAGCUGUUGAAUCGCCUGAGAAGGUGAAAUGUAAGAACAAGGAGAAGAAAUUGCCGCCAGCAUUGACACCUCCAAUGCUUACGCGUACUAACUCAGCGGCAAACUCGUUCAUGGAAGUUGAUUUUGAUAAUGACGAUGUCGUGGUUCUUCGAACUCCUACCAACCCAGAAGGCCCUGUAUCAUCGGUCCAAGACGCCCAGGAUAGUUCCCCUGUGCCUGCACCCUCUCUUGAGAGUUCGUGGAAACCGAGAAGUUUCUACGAACAAACAGCACAUGAUGAUACUCUGAACAGCCCAGUCAUUGAUCUGGAUGCUGCUCUGGGUCCAUUUAACACCCCAGAUAUGCGCCCUCGGGAAGGGGGUCAGAGCAAAUUUUCCGUGGCAACGCAACGUAUGUACAGUGGUGGUCGACGAGGUGAAUUUGUUGGCCCAGAAAUGCGCUAUCAUCGCCGUACAGAGAGUGCACCUGUUAUGCAACCUUUUGACCGUAGCUCUUUGGGCCCAAUUCGGCUAGGAGGUAAAGGAGGCGCAGAGACUCCAGAUGUUUUCGAUGAAGAAGAAGAGGAUGAGUUCCUGGCUGCGAAUCAGUCACCCAGGAACGGAAGGAUAGCCCGAGCUGAAGAUCACGUACCAACACUUUCAGCGUCUUCUGAAGGCCAUAAGCCGUCUUCGGAGUCAGUCAAGAGUACCACGAGUGCCGACACUCUGACACGGGCACCUGAAUCCAAUCCUGCCCAGCCGGAGGGCCUUGGUAUUCAAGCUACCGAGGAGCUUGCCAGCUCGAAGGAAGUCCCGAUUGAGGAGAAAGAGAUUUCAACCCUACCCCUACCCGUCAUCAACCCAUUCGCUGGACCGUCUUCGCGAGACCCAGCAGAUAGCUUGAAGCCGGAAAAGCCAACAUUGAAAAAGCUAGCGCCUCCGAGUCCCGAUAUCUCUCCUCGAUUCCUAGCUGUUGACAAGCGACCAUCUACAUCUCCCAAUCAGCUACCGCCCACCAUUCCGCCAUUCUCUCUUUCUGCGGGCGUGUCGCCCUCGGAUUCUUCUUUUCCAUCCCCAGAUGCGCCACGAUUCUCUGACCGCAACUUUUCGAGUCAUUCUUAUCAGACCCUUCCAACGGAUUAUCACUAUGCCUCAGUUGAGGAUGUCCCAUCCUUGACGAGCAGCGCAUCUACCAAUACCAUGAACCGUUUCUCUGCGACUUUCUUUCCUCGAAGCCGCCUUUCGACAGACAGAGCUGUGUCAUUUUCAGCUGCUGUUCAUCGGCGCAGUAGUCAAGCCAACUCUUCUAAGAGGUCUAGCUUGGCUAGUCUCUCGAAGCUGGUUGGCGCCGGCCACUCAGAACGAAGCAAACUCUAUCAGGAGGAGAAACCACCGGAAGAUGCACACGAAACAUCUAGGAAGAAAAGCCGUCGCAUCACCCGGUUAAUGCAUUUCUGGAAAGGAAAAGACAAAGAGAAGUCUGCUACCGAGCCGUCUAUCCCAGAGCAGCCGGUAUGA